AUGGAGUUAGAGCAAAUGGACGUCAAAACAGCUUUCCUACACGGAGUCUUACAAGAGACAAUCUACAUGGAGCAGCCAGAAGGUUAUGUAGUGAAAGGGCAGGAAGAUAAAGUCUGUUUACUCAAGAAAUCUCUCUACGGUCUAAAGCAAUCAUCCAGGGAAUGGAAUCUCAGGUUCCACAAGUUUAUGAUAAAGAAGAACUAUCAAAGAAGCAAGUAUGAUCCAUGCGUCUACCUAAAGGGCACAAGUUAUGAGGAUAUGAUCUACUUACUGCUGUAUGUUGAUGACAUGCUAAUAGCGUCGAAGAGUAAGUCAGACAUCAAGGACCUAAAGGAGAUGCUAAGUUCAGAGUUUGAAAUGAAAGAUUUGGGUCCAGCAAGGAGAAUUCUCGGCAUGGAUAUACUCAGAGACAAAAAGAAGGGUGUUCUAGUCCUAUCUCAGGAGGCUUAUCUACAGAAGGUACUAAAAACGUUCAGUAUGUGGGAUUGCGGAGAGGUUCAGACACCGUUGGGGUCACAUAUCAAACUACAAGCUCUAACUACACAGCAAGAGGAUGAACAAGCUAGAGAAAUGGAUGAAAUACCUUAUGCGAGUGCUGUUGGAAGCUUGAUGUAUGCAAUGGUUGGUUCCAGGCCGGAUCUCGCGUAUGCAGUUGGUAUGGUAAGCAGGUACAUGGGAAAACCAGGAAGAGAACAUUGGUCAGCUGUUAAGUGGAUAAUGAGAUAUCUAAAAGGUGCUUCAGGUAAGUGUUUAACAUUCACGAAAGAAGCAGGACUAAAGGUAACAGGCUACUGCGACUCAGACUAUGCUACAGACUUAGACAAGCGGAGAUCAAUCACAGGGUUCGUUUUCACAGUUGGUGGAAAUACAGUAAGCUGGAGAUCGUGUCUACAGAAGGUUGUUGCGCUAUCUACUACUGAGGCAGAGUAUGUAGCGUUAUCAGAAGCUAGCAGGGAAGCAGUAUGGUUAAAAGGAAUUUGUGAGGAGUUGGGUUUCAAACAAGGAGCAGUGGACAUUUAUUGCGAUUUCCAAAGUGCUAUCUACCUAGCGAAGAAUCACAUGUUUCACGAAAGGACUAAGCACAUUCAGGUCAAGUACAACUACAUCAGAGAGGUAAUCGAUGAGGGUGAUGUGAAAGUCCUAAAGAUCCAUACUUCAGUGAACCCAGCAGAUAUGUUAACAAAGUCGUUACCUGGAGACAAAUUCGGCGGAUGCUUGCAGACGCUGAAGGGCCUUGUUGAGGUCAGAUCGAAGGCGUUAUCACCGGAGUGGUUGGUGACGGAAGUCUUAGCUUCAAAGAAGUUUGGAAGCGGAAGGGAUUUAGCUGGUUGUUCUUCCGGUGUUGAGGAACGGGAACCAAGGAGGCAGCUAGGAGAGUAG